GAGGCGGGCUGUGAGUGCACGCGCUGCUGAUGCGAGGACAGCAGGUGGAAACGUCAUUGGCCCAGAUUGACUGAGGGACCAAAACCUGCAAAAUGGCGCUCUCAAGCCCCGUACAGAGAGCAUCUGUGAACCGGUAAAGGAAUAAUGGAAAGGAAUGGUGACAGCUGAACAGAUAAAUCACGUUUGGUGGAUCACAGGAUAAAGAAAAAUGUUCAGUUCACCCUCUUGUGCGCUUCUGAUUUCGUCUUGGCGCAUCGGUUCAGAAAUUCACCGGAGAUUUAGUUCAAGCACUGAGGAGGAGAAAUAAUGGUCCUGCUCAGCUUUCCACCUGACAAUAAAGCACCGGAUUAUGAGACGGCGUUACUGCUGAGCAUCAGUGCUUAAUGUCGUGCACCUGCAUUCUUAUACUUUAAUUCAUUCAUUUUAUUUAUUUAUUUCAUUGUUCGGGGAAGACAUGUUUCCCUCGUGCUAUUCGAAGCCCAAGAAUGGCUCUCAGUUCAAAAUGUCGUACACGAAAGUGCUCUUUGGGGUGUUGGUGGUUUAUGUGCUUCAUACAUGUUGGGCCUUAUAUGGCUUCGUGCACACCAAAGCCUGUGACAGCGCUAAAGGUGACGACUGCGUUACAUCUUAUCUUUCUGCUAAACCACGACUCCAGCUGAGCGUGUAUUCGACACUGGAUCCCAGUGAUGAGUCUGCUCACACACUUCUGCUCAAAGUGGACAAAUUUGAAGUCCAUACCAAGCUUGAAAGGAAGGUGAAUGUGGCAUUGUCUGCACUAAACCCAAAGAAUGGGACCCUGCAUGCUGUGGUGUUUGUGCAUAAGAGUGGAGUUUCACCAUGGAAAGACAGCAAAUAUGUACGAAUAGUGGCUCGCCUGACCAUUCAGAUGUCAUCUGCUCCUCCUAUGAUCAUCACUGGCUCUGCCGCACAGCCCCAGAAGGGAACAGAAAUGCAAAAUGUCAUGUCCUACUGGAAAUCUCACAUCACUCUAAACAUGAUGACCGAGGACUUCACAUUUAAUAAUGCAGCCGUCCCCAGCGACUUGCGCAGAUACAUAAAAAUAGUUGAAGAUGUAAAGAAGGACAAAAAGAAAAUAUAUCUCCCCCUUUUACUCAUUGAUGAAAUGAGGAGCAGACUAAAGGAUUUAAUCGAGAUGAACAGCACCACAAAAGCAGUCCCACUUACUAUAUCAUAUGAAACAAUAACACUUCGCAAAUUUAGAAUGUGGAUCCACAUCCAGGGUGUCAUAUACUCACUGAAACAUUUCGGAUUUUCAGAGGAAAGACUUGAUGAAAUUAAAGGCAUGUUUGUUGAGACUGGCCUGCACAUUUUGUUGUUGUCAAUCCUGGUACCUGCAUUCCAUCUCUCGUUUGAAGUAUUUGCUAUGAAAAAUGAUGUGAGCUUUUGGAGAGGAAAGAAGAGUUUAGCAGGCAUCUCCAGGCGAUCAGUGAUCUGGAGGUGUUUCAGCACUGUUGUGAUAUUCUUCUAUAUGGUAGAAGAGCAAACUAGCUGGCUUACCCUCAUCCCGAUGGGAUGUUUAGCAUUAAUUGAGCUAUGGAAAGUAAGCAGAGUCUUUGCAUUGUGGUCCAGAUUCAAAGAUGGUCGCGCAGAUGACAUAGAGCGAGCAACAGAAGAACAUGAUUCCCGGGCAAUGAAAUUCUUGCUUUAUUUAAUGUAUCCUCUAUGCAUCAGUGGGGCCGUGUACUCUUUCAUAUAUCUCAGAAAUAAAAGUACUUGGUACUUUUGGAUCAUGAACAGUCUUAUCAGCGGAGUGUAUGCCGUAGGAUUUUUGUCUAUGGUCCCUCAACUAUUUGUCAAUUACAAGAUGAAAUCAGUUGCACAGCUCCCGAUGUCAGUGUUACUCUAUAAAGGUUUAAACACGUUUAUAAGUGAUAUAUUUAGUGGAGUUUUAAGCACUCCUGGACCACAUCCAUUGGCCUGUUUCAGAGAUGAUGUGAUAUUCCUCAUCUACCUCUACCAGCGCAGGAUUUACCAUGUGAACAAAUCUAGAGGUCGCGAUUAUGCAUCACACAGGAAGAAGCCUAAAGGAAAAUCACACGAGGACUGAUGCAUUACAGGAAUCCGAGAAAGAGCUCAAGUUUCAUGCAUGCUAUAAUAGAGAGCAGGAAGUGUAAAUAUGGAAGAAGACUGAAGGUUUAAUUCCAGGACAAAACACAAUACUUUCAGUUUCUCAGUGUUCAGCAUGAAGCUGUUCUAAUGCUCAAAUGCAAUUUCAGUACUGCAUGACAUGUUUUCUGCUGAACAAAGCUGGAGUUUAGUGUUUCCCAUAAACAACUGUUAAUGAACAAGGACAUCUGCCACUGUAAGAACUAGAAUAUUAUAUAGCCUUAUCUAUUAUACAAUGACCUGCAAAAUAUUAACAUCCAACAAACUCUAACCAAGUUGUUGUACCUGUGGCUAAAAAAAACCACAUGGCCAUAAGAAUUCAUCUAUAGCUCAGGAGUCUGGUAUUUUUCCACAGCCUACAUUUACAGUAUUAUAAGGUGAUAUUAUUUGAUUUGCUUUAUUGUAGCAUGGAGAUUGUAAUGCUCAAUGGACAAAUGCUGCCUUUGUUUACUGUGAAAUGCUGUGAUUUACACACUGCUAAUGUUUAAAUGGAGAGUUUUGUCACUAAGGAGGAUGCCAAUCUAUGUCAUAUACAGAAUAGUGUUGUACCUUUACCUAUCAAAGGCAAGAAUGCUUCAGUACAGUAUUUAUUGAAAAUGUUUUACAUAAGCGUUUAUAUUUAAACCAAUUUAUUUCAACCUUGAAAUACAAACUGCAAUAUUUCUCCAGAAUUUAAAGUAUAAUGUAUAUUUAAUUUUGUUCUCAAAAAACAUCAUAACUAAUAAAAAAAAUUGUUUCUAUUUGGUAGCUAAAUAGAAACAAUGGUGAAUCGCUUUGCAUUUAA